GCCAAUGGCAGACGACUGCAGAGCAAAGUGCCGAAGAGGAGUGUUAUACCGCUGGAUGGAAAAUCUGUACGAAAACUUGAACGAUGUGGACUUCUUCGUUGAGGGACUGCUUGAGAAGCAUCUGGCUGACAGCCUCCUGGGCUACACCUCCUUGUGCGCGGUGGGCCACCCGUUCUCGAAGCCACAAUGCGCCAGUAUCCUGCCCUACGGUAAGCUUCGCCCCCUGAAAGUUCCAGGUUCCUCUGGAAUAAUAUGAUCUGCAUUGAGAAGCGACCAGGAUAUUCUCCAUCGAGAUUUGUUGAAGACGCGGCGUAUAAUUGAAUAAAGUGGUACCA